AUGGGAGGAAAGGCUGUAGAGAUGAUCUCGGACUCAAGACUGGUAGUGGGCCAGGUAAAGGGGGAAUUAAAGGCCAGAUAUGCGAGGAUGCAGGAGUACCUAAGUUGGGUCAAACGCCUGCAGUCGGGCUUCGAUCUCUUCAGCCUAUCGCACGUCUCCAGAAGUGGAAACACUCAUGCGGACUCACUGGUCACACUUGCCACAUCCUUGGCAGGGGAUCUGCCUCGAAUUAUUCUUGUCGAGCAUCUGGACAGAACGAAUAAAGAAGCGAAAGGCAUGGUCCCUAUUCAUGAAGUCAGGGCGGGCCCCAGCUGGAUGGACCUUAUGAGGGAAGCCCUGGAGUACGUUAAGAAGUGUGACCAGUGCCAAAGGUUCGCCCCAAAUAUUCAUCAACCGGGCGGGAUCCUCAACCCUCUAUCCAGCCCAUGGCCGUUCGCCCAGUGGGGCCUGGAUAUUGUGGGACCUUUCCCGAAGGCAGCAAGAAAUAAGAGGUAUCUACUGGUCGGCACGGAUUACUUCACCAAGUGGGUCAAAGCCGAGCCCUUAGCCAACAUCAGGGACAUGGAUGCUAAGAAAUUCAUCUGGAGAAACAUCGUCACACGAUUCGGGGUCCUUCGCACCCUCAUUUCAGAAAAUGGACUCCAGUUUGAUAGUAAGGCCUUCAGAAAAUAUUGCUGCGAGCUGGGGAUCACUAACAGAUACUCAACUCCAGCUUAUCCUCAAGGGAACGGGGAGACACCUUUUGCCCUGACCUAUGGGGCCGAGGCUGUUAUCCCCCUUGAGGCAAACUUCCUAAUACUGAGGAAGAAAUCCUUCACCCUGAACAGUAACGAUGAACUAAUGGGGAAGAACCUGGACCUAAUCGACGAACGAAGAGAAAAGGCAAUGAUCCAUUUAGCCUAUUACCACCAGAAGCUCAAACAGGGUUAUGAUGCCAACGUGAAGCUCAGGCCGCUAGCACCAGGAGACUUAGUACUGAGGAAAGUUGUGGCUGCUGCGAAGAAUCCGUCCUGGGGAAAGCUAGGACCCAAUUGGGAAGGGUCAUACUGA